UGACGUCACAUUUGUUUAUCGAGAGCCUGGGAGGAUGGCGAGCGAGGUGGAGAGUCGGCCGGGCGGUGAGAGUGAUGGGGAGGGGGAGGGGGAGUUGGAGGAUGUCUCCCCGCCCCUGGAAGACGUCCCCCCGCACCCUGCCCGCCGCCCCAUGAACGCCUUCCUUAUAUUCUGCAAAAGACAUCGAGCUCAGGUACGCGAGAGAUACCCUCACCUGGAAAACCGGCAGGUGACAAAGAUCCUGGGCGAGUGGUGGGCUGACCUGCCAUUCCACCAGAAGACAUCCUACACUGAGCUGGCCAAGCAGUACAAAGAAGCUUUCCUUCGCGCCAACCCUGACUUCAAGUGGUACAAGAUCCCCGCUCAGCCCCCCCGCCCGCCCCCUGCCCGCCCCUCCAACCAGAAGGUUCCUAGAUGCAACCCACUGCCCACGGAUGGAGCCAUCACCUUCGGCAAGCUUGCUGAUGAGGCUCAGAUGGGAGGCUUGAGCACCCUUCUGUCCACGGCCUCCAGCAGCACCGGCAGCACCACCACCAGCACCAGCACCAACACCACCACCACCAGCCUGGCCCCGAGCCUCACCCCCACCACCCGUACCUCCUCCCCCACCUCCCCCACCCACCGCCCAUCCGAUGGUUCCCCUGCUGGCUUCCCUGCCCUCACCCACACCACCACCACCACCUCCUCAAUGAGUACAAAUACCGCCACCUCCACCACUCUGGCCUCCUGGAGUGGAUCCCUGCAGCGCCUCACCCCAGCCCCAGCCCCCACCCCGCCCCCUGCCCCCGUGGAGGUCUCCCCCCCUGCCAUGACCCCUCCUAAGCCCCCAAAGAAGAGGUACCUACAAGCGCAGCACAACACCACCACUGCCGCCGCCGCCGCCACUGUCGCCGCCACCACCACGCCUCUACCGACACCUGCUGAGUCUGACAAGAAGAAGAACAACGUCGAUGACAAGGUCAGACUAAACAACCAGUGGUCCCAGGGCGGUAGCAGCGGCGGCGGCGGCAGCAGCAGCGGCAGCAAGCGACGGCGAGAAGGCGAGGGAGAAGAGACACACACACAGCAACAACAACAGCAGCAGAAGAGAACUGCUAAUGGUGUCCUACCCCAGCACAGCAUAUCACCCACCCCACAGGACCCCAGCCUCUCCCUAGAGAGCCCCCAGUAUAACCACAACAGCCACACACCACCCGCAGGACAGCCCCACUCACCCCCAGCAGAGGAGCAGCCCCUCAACCUGUGCACAGAGACCACGCUGUGUGCCUCCCAGCAGCAGCUCAUCAACAAGAUAGUGGACAAGAUGUGCCGGGCCGGGUCGCAGGCCCAGAUGUCCCACCAGACCACCGCCGUGCCCCAGACCGACGCCUCCAGGCCGCGCUUCUUCCGACCGGAAAACCUGAAUAACAACAACUCUCACAACCACAACCAUAAUAACAAUAACAACAACCACAACCACAACCAUAGUAAUAACAAUAACAUCAGUAAUGCCAACAAUAACAACACCAACAAUAAUAAUAACAAUAAUAACAACAACAAUAAUAAUAAUAAUAAUAAUAAUAACAAUAACAACAACAAUGAGACUAAGGAAGAGGAGGAGGAGGCAGCACAGAAACCAGUGCCGCUGGACAAGGCGAUGGACACGGCACGGAUCAACGGCAUGUGUGACGUGAGCCUGCUGGUGUCCAAGGCCAUUGAUAUGGUGAUAGACCGUGCCUACGAUGGCAGCAGGGCCGGCGGGAAGGCCCAUGCCAACAGUCAGGGAGGAGGUGGUGGUGGCGGAGUGACCACCACCACUGCCACUACCACCACCACUACCAUCACCACCACCACCACCCCCACCAUUACCACCACCACUGCCACCACCACAGUUGCCACCACCUCCACCACCACCUCCUCCUCCACUACUGCCACCACUAAUGGCCUGGCCAGCCCUGCACCACGCCCCAGGAAGAGGAUUAAAGAGGAGGCUGGGGAGGAGGGGGAGGCCAGCAUUCAGAAGAAGAGGCGAGAAGGCGGAGGGAGUCGGCCACAUCGAGCAGGCUCCAGGAACAGCCUAGGAGUGACGGGGGGCCGGUCCAGGGCACCCCGGGCCUGCAAGGGGAAGAUCUACGAGGAACUCAUCUCAGAGGGAGUUCUGCAUGCCCCCCGGAGGUCCCGCACCAGGAACAGCCGGUUGGAGGAGUCUGAGUCAAGCACCAACCAGGAGAGGGAGGAGGAGGAAGACACACACCAGGGGGAGGAGGAAGAGGAGGAGAAUGAAGAAGAGCAAAUAGAGGAGGAGGAGGCUCUUCAGACCAAACCAGCAGAGGGGGAGAGUGGGGAAGUAGCAGGGAGGCGGACAGAGGAGGCAGGGAGACGUGGCCGGAGACAGCUGAGGCGGCUACACCCUGAGGACUUCAACCUUGAGGCGCGGAUUGAGGCACUUCCCUCCCUCAGUCUGGAUGAAUUCACCCGCCGCAAGAAGGAAAGGAAGCGUACAUCCUCCGCCUCAUCCUCCAGUCAUGCCACUCCACAGCAGCCAUCGCAACCUGUGGGAGCAGCAGCAGCAGCAGCAGCCAAUUCCAGCCGCAUCACACCCCAGCCAGACGCCGCCGCAGAUCCCCCUCCCCCGACCUCACCCACCACCACAGCCACCACCACCACCUCCACUGCCACCACAGCCAUCCCUUCCUCCAUCACCACACCUGCAUCCACCACCACCAACACCCCAUCCUCCACCAACACCUCCACCACCACCACCUCCACCACCACUGUCAAUGGGAGAGUCACUGUGGGGGGAACCAACAGUACUGCCAACACCAACCAUAAUAGUGUUGGUGGUGGAGGUGGUGGUGGUGAAACUUCUGAUAGAGAAACUACAACUUCUCCAACAUCCUCCUCCUCUUCUGCCUCCUCCUCCUCCUCCUCCUCUCUCAGCUCACAGCAGCACAGCCCCCCAGCCCCCAUCCUGGUCAGUGGAGGGGCUGUGUCACCUGGGGAAGGGGGAGGGGCAGGGGGUGAAGGGGAACCACUGAAAGGCUCACAGAAGCGCAAGGCUCGGAAGCAAACCAUCACAAGGCACGACCCUGUCAAUGCCCCGCUGCGGAGAGACACCAGCGUGGUGGAGCAGAGCGUCCUCACCAGCAUGGGUCUGGCAGCCUUGGCAGAGGUGGCCCUCAGUCAGUCUGUCAUGAAGCUGUGAGUGGCAGGACAUCAGUGCCCCGUGAUGCUGGGCCUUCCCUCAGCUGCCACUGCUACCUUGGACACCGCUUAGCUGUGCCAGUGUGGGGCGUGCCAGGUCCUUGCUGCCCAGCACCUCUGGAGUGUUGGGUUGGCAAGUUGGUGGACAGUGCGGCGGCGAGUGGACGUAAAUACCAAGUCACAGUAUUCUGAUGAUGAACGUGCGGUGAAUCCAAAUAAAUGAAUCUAUGAAUCCCUUAGAUUUAGCAUGAGGGUGGAAGGAAGACAGGAACACUAAAAUAUCUCUCUGCCAAAGCCUGGUAGAGGCGCGGUGUGACCGUGCAGCGGCAACAGAACGCUGUGCUGCGGCAGCGCCUUGCAGCACACUACCACUUGUUCCUCAUUGUUUGUAGUACCUUGGCUCAAAUGAAGGACAGACUUGUGCAGCGAACGCCGGCCAUCACUCAGUACUAAGGAGCCGGAAGCUAACGCCUGCACCUCAGCCCUCCUGCGGGUGUGGGCGGCCCAGAGUGACUGGCUGGCCCUGGGAGGCCGCUGCAGGAGCCUCUCAACAACACAUUGUAACUGCUGUGUCUGCCAAGCCUCAGGGGAAAUGAGCAAUUUGUUGUGUGUUUCAAUCUUUAGUUUGUGUUUCUUUAUUUCCCCUCCCGUUGAGUGUGUGGGGAGUGUGUGAAGGAGUCUAUGACUUAACCAGCACUAAGAGCCUCACUGGCUGGGCCUCCUGCAGGGCUGGUAGAUGGGGUGAGCCAGAUCGUCGCGGUGGCGGCGGUGGCUGUCCCUCAGUGUGGCGUGGGCAGAGUGCCUCCCUGCGUGCCGAGGGACGGUUCCGGUGUGGGUGAAUGGAGUGCUCAAGAGGCGGUGAACCCAACUCUCUGUGUGAUGGUGUCUGUGAUCUGUGCCCUGGACCAGGCAGAGCCGUGGCACUCUAGCGGCACUCUGCACACGUAUUCAGUACCAAAUUUAUGAUUCCUGCGACAGGAAGACAUUAUGCUGUUUGUGGCAUAGUAGGAAGUGACCUUUUGUAAGCUGUAAGACUGAGGGUUUGUCCAACCCUCAACAACAAAGCUUAAAGAAUCAUUACUUUUCAUUUUAUUUUAAUUUUCUCUAACAAAAUAACUUCCCUAUGAAGAGUGUGCUUCAGUAUUGUCUGUUCUUGUGUCUGAAUUCACUGAGAGUUUUGAAUCUCUACAACUUUUCCCAACAAGUUGGCAAGGUAGUUGUGCCAGCUUGGUUUUUCUUACCCAGUAGAGCGUGGAGGGAGGCUAGCAGGGCUGGCCACUUCCGUCAUGGUAGGCGGCCUGAAGCACACCACUUUAUUUUACUGAAUAUAAAACAACUUUAUACAAAUUUUAAACUAUUUUCAGGUCUAUAAGGGAACACGAAUGUUCUGUGAAUAUAUCAAAUAUAUUGUUGUAAUUUUGAUAAUUAGUCUACUGAUGAAUAUAAUUUAGACAGAAAUAACAAUGUAGACAAAGAGGUCAGCGGUUUUAGGACCCUUGUGUGGGUGUUAGGCCUUGAGAAGGUCUCCAGCUAGCUGGUAGAGUGGUCAGGGUGACCUGCCUGCAGGCACUGCUGGUCCCACACCACCACACCCUGCCCUGCCAGGCACCACCAGCAGGGCCGGCAGGGCAAGGUGAGGCGAGGUGCCAGCUGGGCCCCCUCUCCACCCUGCCACUACGGCAUGGGGAGAUGCCAGGCGGGCACCUCUGUAGCAUACUGUUGCCCUCACCUCCCAGGUAGCCCACCUCUAUAUUUGUAGAUUUGUCUCCUCUUGACACGCUUCACUAUUUUCUAAUGGCAGUUAUACAGGCUUUUAGAUAUGUAUUUUAUACCCUUGGUUGACCAUGUUGUUUUUCAAAAGCUAGCAUGUGUCUUAGUGUAUUUUCCUCGAGAUGACAUUAUCUUUUCGUAAUAGAUUUUGGAGAGCAAGCGUUACAUCCAGGGUUGUUGUGUUUGAAGGGAGAAGGUUGUUGUGUUUGUCCGUUACUUUGCUCCUGAGUCAGUGGUGAGCGGUGGCUGCCGGACACACACCACCCGGCGAGGAUCAAGCUGAUACAAAGCCCGUACCUGAUUCCUAGGGAAGCGAUUAUCUGUUGAAACCUUUAGUUCUGGUGAUGUCGGGUGCAGACUGUUGAUUUUUACAUCGUUAAUAGAGAACUCGUGGGCUUGGCAUCAUGUUUUGUGCUCACUGAUCAAGCCUGUGUAUUUUAGUGUGUUUUGUAGCCUUUUACUAAUAUGUAGUACUUCCACUGUCACUUAAGUGCACUUGCCAGAGAGUAAUACAAAGUUGUUUGAACUGAAAUUUCUCCCAACUUAAAGAAAGAUUUAAUCUAUUGAAAAAUUUCAGUUUCAACUUCAGGUACAGAUGAAUUUUAGGGCUCUGAGUUGACCUGAACCAAGGAGGGUGAGAGUUAGGAAGGGAGAGGGAGCGUUGGAUCACUUCCCUCCCCGGCGAGCCGCGACGCCCCUUGAGGCCCGCCACGGCCCGCAGGGGACAACUGGCAGUAGAACAACCCAUGUGGGAAAGACAAGUGUGCAUUUAUGUAUUAUAUUGUAAUAUAAUGAAGAGUAAAAAUUCCCUAUAUAUGCAGAUAUAUAUGAAUGAUAAUGUUAAUAAAUCUAUUUAUUCUAAACUAAAACAA